CCAAAACAAAGCAGCCAGUCUGCGCUUGCAGCUUCGCCACUUCAUUUGUGCGCAAUCCGUGGAAAUUGUGAUCGAAAAGUGUUUAUAGUUUUUCUUCUACUCUGUUGUAUUGAAAUUCCCAUACGUUAUUGUGCAAGACAAGAUGGACACAGUUUACCCGGAGCCGUUGUCCCGAAUACUGCGCAGGACAGACAAGAGGCCGAGGGACAGGGGUCGAGGAUCAGCUGCAAGAUACAGGACACAACCUGUCACCUUCUCUGAGAUACAGGAAGUGGAUGAGGAGAACUUGGAAGAAGAUACCAUCGAGACAAACAACAACGCUAACCCUGUCCUGGCAAGCAAGUCCGAGCAUGAUCUCAAGACUAGACUAGACAACCUCCUGAGUAGCGAGCAGACUCGAGCACCUCGUAAGCGAACACUCAAGAGCAUCAACAGACUCACGGUGGAGGGUCGCCCCACCAUGGGUAACAUCCCCGCUUCACCAGAAUCACCCCCGGAAGCCCCGACCAGUAGACUCCUCACUCUGCCUCGGACUUCCAUUUAAGGUCCCCUUCAUGCCUCUUCACUCUUUUUUAUAUUUAUAUCUUUGUUUACAUGUGUAUACUAUUGUACUUAUUGUAAGAUAACAUUAUUGUUAA